CCUAGUUAAUUCCCAAUUUCGUGGAGAAUAUUUUUAUUUAUUUAUUUAUUUUUGUUUCUUUUGCUUUUUCGGCCCCCUCCUCCACGACAGUGUAUAAAAGGUAGAACAAACAAUGUAAAGAAAAUCUCGUAUGGUCCUUAUAACCAACACUGCAACAAUUUGGAGACGAUAGCGGAGUUGACCGUCUAAUUACCGGCUGUUACGAGGAAAAAUUGAGGUCCAGAGAGAAGUGGGGGUUGCACAUGUACACUGUAUUUGAUGGGGGAAGGCCCAUCAUCAGCUUCAACGGUGACUGGGACAACGACAACAAUAACAACAAUUUUUCUGCGACCUCAACGGUUGUUUUGGACCCUGCGGCAUUUCUUGCAAAUUGGAAGAAACAAAUCCAGGGAAAGCUUAAUAUUCCAGUUAAUCAGCAGCGCCUAACUUUUGCUAGCAAUCAUCGUCCAUAUCCAGGUAUUAAUUUAUUCAACUGGAAUUGUGCGAGCCAAGAUCAGAGUGCAAACGAACCUGUUGUGGGGAACUUUGUCACGUGUUUGCAGUCCUGGCAAGCUAUUCUGCGAUCAGAUAAACGCAAUAUUGCAAGGCUGCUUCAUCCUGAGGUUUUGACUGAAAGUGACAAUUUACCAUCUGACUUAAAGAGCAAAACUGCAGAGGAGAUCCGUGAUCUUGGAAUUCCAUGCAGUGUAUACUAUUUGUCAUUUGAUAAGUGUAUCUUGGCUUCACAAUCUCAAACCUGUCAAGGGGAAAGUCAGGACUGCAGAGAAGUCAGCAAUCUUUGCAUCAAGGUAAAUAAAGAUUUUCACUCGAAGGAGUUCGAAGUGGAUCUAUAUGGUCGCCUCAGUAAGAGAAGUCAUCCACUUCAUUUUCAAUAUCGCUUAAUUGGUAGACAUCUUGUAGCACAUCUGUCAACGCUUGAACAAACUGUCCACUAUAGACAAGGACAAAAGAUACGACACAGUAGUGAGAAAGGAAAGAAUAGCGUGGACGAGGUUGUAGAUGGAAAUACGACUGAGACUUUGAUCAAUAAAGAUAGAGCAUUUGCAUUAGUUAAACAGACUACAAGUCAAGAUAUUUUUUUACCUGGUUCAAUAGAGCAGGACCUAGUAGCCGUAUUCUCUCAAACUUUGGAGCUGAGGCAGGUAAGGCUUGUUGUGGUUCUCGUGGGAAUAGAGACUUUAAUAAAGCUAGGAAUUCCUUCGAGUCCAUCUUUUUCAGGAAGUCAUAAGAACGGCAAGGAAGAUGCUCAAACGUGGAACUCAAAUUACCUUUUAAAAUCCACAAAAAUAAACGAGUUAUCCGAGGCCAAGACUGCAGAAUGUACAAAGAAGAAGGGCAUGAUUAGUGGGAAAUCGAAAGAUUCUAAGUCUGAAAAAGACUCUAGCAACUUCCAAACAGAUAGAGUGAAUGCAUGUAGUUCAACGGAGAAAUGUGCAGAUACUUCAAAAUUUGAUGAUACAUCAAAGAAACCCUCUAAGAAAAAGAAAAAGAAGGGCAAAAAUAAAUUGAAACAUAGUGGUGGUCAUACUCAAGUUCCCAUUUUGAAGGAGAGUUCAGAGGAAUCCUCUCUUGCAUCUGGCAGUAAUGUGGCAAGCACUUGUGGAAGUGGAUGUAUCACUGUUAGGAACAAUGAUGUCACAAGUAUUCAUAAAAAUAACAUCAAGGACGCUAGUGAUCCAGAGUUGUGCAGCACCUCAAAAGGUGAAACUGCAGACAUGCAGUUGUCAUGUAAGAAUUCUGCUCCUCUAUCUCAAGAAACAAGCGCAGAGGAAUUUUCAGCUUCCGCACAAAGUGCAAGAGGUUUUGUUGGUGUCCAUACUGAUUCCAGUGUCAUAAAUGGCAAUGGUUCUAUUCAUGAUCCUAGCAACACUAAAUUUGGAUCUGUCAACAAGGGAAGAAGAUUGCCAGAUUCCCAUAGCACAGGUAAUUGGACGCGAUUGCCAGAUUUUCCUAAGAGCACUUCUAAAACUGGUGGCAGUCCUAAUGGACAUUUACAUGCUGUAUAUUCACGUCCUGGCAGUGAUGGAGUGAAUAAUAUUGAAACAGGAAAUAGUAAUGGCAUAUGCUCUGUGGAUAGUCAUGAUAAAAGUAAACAUAUCCCUAAAGUUGGGAGAAGUAGAGAAACUCAAACUGAUGAUAAGAAAUUUCAAGUUGCCAGAGGCAAGAAAGUUGCUGGAAGUAACUUUGGAUUGGUGAUGGUGAAUUGCUCAAGUGGAAGUAUGGGUAGUUGUGGCAUUGGGAGUGUACAGAGCAGAGUUGGUAAGGAAAGUAAUCAAUCUGUUUGGCAGAAGGUGCAGAAGAAUACUUUGAAUGAUCAUAUUCAGGAGCCUAAAGAUAGUGAAUACAGGCAGUUACCAUCAGCUUUGUAUUCAAACAAUGUGUUGUCAGCAGUCAAUUUGAAUUCAGAAAAAAAUUCUGCAUUCCAUAUUUCUCCAAAAUGUUCUCGCGAGUAUGGCAAUGUUUUAUCCAAGCAUAGCAAACAAAAAUCAAAUGAUUCCUGGAAUCGUAGAGAUUCCCAUGAUCCCCUAACCAGGGUUAGGGUUAAAGAGGAUUCAAACAGAUCUCAGUGUGUGAGAGAUGACAAUUCAGGAUGGAGUCGGGACGGGAAGACUACACACAUUACACGUAGAGAUGCCACAAAAACAGGGAAGGAUUUUGAGGAAAAGAAGACAGGGUGCUGUUGUUCUGAGAUACCCAUCCAAUCUAGUCAGAAAGGAACUUUACACCUCUCAUGCCAAAACAACCAUCCUAGAAGGUCUACUACUGGUGAUAGCAACAUUUCACAUCAAAAUACUGAAACGCAUGAUACUGACCGCAAUGAUGAGUGGAAAUCAAGUUUGGCACCAUCCACACCAUGUCAAAAUGGAGACGCAUUACAGCCAAAUAGAGAUGAUUUCACUUUGGCAAGCACAAGUUCACCUAUUCAAGGUCAAUUGAACUGGAUGUUUUCUUCUUCAAGAGUAUCAAAUUCAUCAGAUCAAGUUUUGAUGCCUACAAAGAAUCCGGGAGAUCAAAUGACAUCAGCUCUGCAUAUUUCAGAUGUUCAACUUGUUGAUGGAAGCUCUUUUCAUUCCCCAUUUCAGAAAGAAAGCAAAUCUAUGGAUGUGCGUCUAAGGGUGUCUGGUGAAAAUGAUCUUGAUCAAUGCUUUAACCUGCAACAUGUUGCCCAAGAGAAAGUUCCUGUUGGAGCAAUAAGUGCAGCAAUGGUAAUGGCUUGUACUCCCAACACAGGAGCAGUGGAUACACAGUAUAUGGAUAUUGAAAAUAAUGACUGUGAGGUUUCAAAUGAAACCCAUAAAUUGCAUGCAUUAUCCAAAAUUGGAUUGAAAUCUCCCGUUUCAGUAGAAGAAACUGAUGCUUGUAAUCAUGUAGGCCAAAUGAAUGUGGUAAAUAAUCAACAUGUUUUUGAGGUCUCAUGCAGAUGUCCAUCUUAUAUUAGCCUUUCUGCAUCCUCAUCCAAUGUAGAAUUUGAAAAUAUGGCACAAGCCAUUUCAGGUUCUAUCCUUACUUCAUACGAGUCUCAACUAGCUUUAGAAAGUAUAACACAUGCCCUUGGUGGUCCUCUUGCAGAAUUUGAGAAAGUUCUUGAUUCUGUAUCACCUGAAAUUAAGUCAUUACCUUGUGCAGAUAAGUGUAGUUCUCAUUCUAAGAAACUAGGGAUAACAAAUUUGGUGUGCAGAUGCCAAAUUGCUGACAUUCCACUUACAAACAUCUGGCAUUGGUUUGAGGAGGUUGGUAACUAUGGUUUGGAAGUAAAGGCUGAGGAAUUUAGACAAACAGGGAGGUCUAGUAUAGAUGGUUUUUUUCGAGCUUAUUUUGUACCUUAUCUUUCGGGAAUACAAUUGUUUGGAUUCUCAGGUUCAUCUCAAUCAUUUUACAAAGGUGCAGCCAACACCGAAAGGCAGGAAACUAAUGAGAAAAUAAAUAAGGUUGAAGAUUCAUACCUUUCUCAUUUUGCAAACCUUCCCAUUCUUUCAACUCUUCUGCCGAAACCUUUUGCAGCAGAAACAACAUCUGCACCUGUCUGUUUGUGCUCAGCUGAUACUUCAAAUAUAUCUUCCAAUGCUGAUAACUAUUCUUGCAGCACAUUGUUAUCAUAUUCUCGCCAUGGUGAAAUGGAAAUUCUUUUUGAGUUUUUUGAGUCUCAGUUGCCACAGCAGCGCAGACCGAUGUUUGAGAAAAUUAGAGAAUUGAUCAAUGGUGAUGCCGAUUCAAGCUCCCAAUCAUUUGGUGAUCCACAUAUCUUGGAGUCAAUAAAGCUACAAGAUUUGCAUCCCGCUUCAUGGUUCUCAGUAGCCUGGUAUCCAAUCUAUCGAAUACCAGAGGGGCAACUACGUGCAGCAUUUUUGACUUACCACUCUCUUGGUCAUUUUGUUCAUAGAGAUACCUCAUCAACACUUGUUGGAGACAUUGGUUCUUGUAUUGUGGCCCCAGUGGUUGGUCUGCAAAGUUACAGUGCUCAGGCUGAGGGUUGGUUUAUGCCGAGAAAACAAUUUGAACAUGUGAUGAAAGGAAACAUUUCUGCAAAUCCUUCUGACGUGCUUAGAGAAAGGUUGAAGACUCUUGAAGAAACAGCAUCCACGAUGGCAAGAGGGUGUGCCAAGAAAGAUAGAACUUCGGUUAUUAGCAAACAAUCUGAUUAUGAGUUUUUCCUUAGUCGCAGGAGGUAGAGUGUGAUUACAUGUUGAUUUACAUUCUUUUCUCAAAUUUUGGUUUGCACUAUCUUCUCGGUGACAUUUAAUUGUGGAGGUGGUGCACAGCCCUAUAUUUUUUGGCAAUUCUUUCUGGCACUUUUGCUGGAAGUUGUAAAAUAGCCAAGGCCGCCUUCAGUUUUGUAAAGUAUACAACAUUGCUGAACAUCCAGGAACAAUAUUAUUCGCUCUUCUGGAUCAAAGCUUAAAAAUAGACGAAUGUAAAAGUUUAUUCUGUAUUACAUUGGCAAUCAUGAUAUUGCUGAGUUUGUCUCAGGUAGAAUGGAUUUUUCCUGUCAAUAUAUUGUGCAAUAUCUGCCUGCUUUGAGUUCCCUAUGAAUAUAUGCUGGGAAUCAAAUUCAUCUAAAUGGAUAUUGUCAAUUCAAAUCAGGUUUGCAACUUACUGAGCAUUCUUUGACUAUUUUUGUCCAAAGAUUUCAGACACCAGCUCAUGUAUUGUAUGCAGAAAACCAGGAUCACGUAAACAUUUUUUGUCCUAUCACUCGAGUUUGUCAAGGAAUGUGACUAGACAUGGAAAUUCUUCAAUUGCUUUGUAACCUCUCAAAUUUAUUGUGAUUAAUUAUAUUUAAACCUAA